CAGAGGGACCGAUUAGGGAGAGAGACCAGAAAUGAGUGGAAUGCUAUCUUAAGCCAAAAAAAAACUAUUACAAUUUUUAUUUAAUACCACUCAAAUGAAGAAAGAUAAAAAAAGAAACAAAAUUCCAAUUGAUAAUUAUCCCAUUCAGACAUUAGUAAAUAUGUCGCUCAAUCCAAGUCGACCUUCCUCAUCAGAGUUGGUGGAACUUCAUGUUUUUUAUGUCCCUGAAGGAUCAUGGAACUAUAAGCUAAAUACCAUUUCAACAGAAGUUGUUAACAAAUUCAUUUCAGCUGGAUUUCUAAGAGUAUCUCCUCAACUUACUUUACGUGCCCUGAGGGAGCAUCUUGGUGAAUUCCUGGGUGAAGAUGCUAUUGCAGAAAAAUUUUUAUUUCUGAAAUGCAUUGGAAAUAAUUUAGCUGUGGUGAAGGAAAAGCAGGAAUCAGAACUGAAACUCAAAUCAUUUGCUCCUCCAUAUGCUCUUCAACCAGAAUUAUAUUUGCUUCCUAUAAUGGACCAUUUAGGAAAUGUUUAUUCACCAUCAUCAACAGUUAUUUUAGAUGAGCGGCAGACUAAUAAUGGUGUUAAUGAGGCUGAUGGAACAAUCCACAGACCAAUUAGUGUAACUUUGUUCAAGGAGGAACUUGGAAGAGAUCCCAGUUUGUUAGAAAACACUUUGAAAGAGCUUCCUAACAAGAAUCAGGAAGAAGCUGGGGGAAAAGCCACUGCAGAAAAAAGCCAGAUUGCAAAAAAUAAAAUUAGAAAUUCUGACUUGCCAAGAUCAUUGGAAGAUUCAAAUAAUGAUUGCUUUGGCACCAAAAAAAGUCAGUGUCUUUGGGAAAAUGAAGAUGAUACAGCUAUCAGUAGAAGACAGGACAAUCAGAUAGGUGAAAAAGAGUACAUCACCCUACCAGAUCACCCUUCACUUCAUUGUCAACCUGUUCUUUCUUCAAGAAUAAUUGAUAUCUCUUUAUUACCAACUGAAAGAGAGAAGAUUAUCAAACAAAUGAAACAAGUAAAGGAAGAAAGAAGGUAUCUGGAAAGAAAUAGAGAAGAACUAGUAAAAACAGUUGAAAAGCUGUUUGAACAAAGCAAAUUAAAACGAUAUCAUGCCUAUGACGGUUGGAAGAAAAAAUACUUGGAAACAAAGAAAGUCACAGCAUCAAUGGAGGAGGUUUUAACAAAACUUCGAGAAGAUUUGGAACUCUACUAUAAAAAACUGCUCAUGCAACUUGAAGCCAGGGAGAUCAAGAUGAGACCAAAGAAUCUGGCAAACAUCACAGACUCCAAGAAUUACCUGAUAAUCCAGAUCACUGAGGUACAGCAUGCAAUUGACCAACUUAAGAGAAAACUGGAUACUGACAAAAUGAAACUCAUAGUAGAAGUUAAGAUGAGAAAACAAGCAGUUUCAGAUUUACGAACAUUGAAAACUGAACUGGCACAGAAAAAAAAAAUCAUACAUCUCUACAAUCUCAAUUAG